AUGCUGUACGCUGUGUUGGAACAGAAGCUCACAGCUCUAGAUGUACAGAGAGAAAACAUGGCUCAUAUCACUGAGCUGUUGGAGGGAGAAAGGAAAAGUCUCAAAACUAUACUGUCAGACAUGGUCAUCCAGAGAGAAGACAUGGAAAAACAGUGGAAGCCAAAGUCUGAGUUGGACAAACAAGAUCUUAACAAAUUAAAGGCAGAGCUGAAGCAAGACAGAGAGGAUCUGGACAGAGAGAGUGAGAUGAUGAACAAAGAGAAACUGGACUUGGAGCUGAUGAGGUCUGACAUCCUGAAACAAAGACACAUAUUAGAAGGAGAGAAACAAGACGUAAAAGAGGAAAGAAACAACUUGGAAAUCACAAAGUGUGAGCUACAAAAGAAGACAGAACAUGCAGACAGCCAGUUUGAUGAGAUAAACAGAGAGAAAAGCAAAAUUAAAGAUCUGACCCUUCAGCUGCAGACAGAAAGAAACAAACUAGAGAAAGUCAUGAAGAAAGAACUCAAGGAAGAUGAGUUCAAAAGUGUAACACAAGAACUGGAAACCAGUAAGAACAGUGUAUUGGCAGAAAGAGAAGAACUGGAUGUUUUGAGGAAGGAACUCAACAAAGAGAAAGAAGAUGUUGAAGCUGCCAUGAACACCAUCAGUGGAGAGAGAGAACAACUCAAUCAGAUGAAGAGUAGUACUGACAUGGACAGACGGAUGCUUGACAAUGAAAAGGACAGAAUGGAAGGAGAAAGGUCUGAGCUGAAAAUAAGAGAAGAUCAACUCUUGAAUAAAAUGAAAUCAGUUGAAACUCUGAGGGAAAAACUCAAACAGCUGAAUGAAAAGAUGCAAGAAGACAUGAAAAUGAAAAUGGAUAGAUUACAACAAAACAAUGAAGAUGUAGUUAUGCUGUACACUGUGUUGGAACAAAAGCUCACAGCUCUAGAUGUACAGAGAGAAAACAUGGCUUGUUUCACUGAGCUGUUGGAGGGAGAAAAGAAAAGUCUGAAAACUAUACUGUCAGACAUGGUCAUCCAGAGGGAAGAGAAUGAACAUCAAUGGAAGCAGAAGUUUGAGUUGGACAAACAAGAUCUUAACAAAUUAAAGGCAGAGCUGAAGCAAGACAGAGAGGAUCUGGAUAGAGAGAGUGAGAUGAUGAACAAAGAGAAACUGGACUUGGAAAUUAUGAGGUCUGACAUCCUGAAACAAAGAGACAUGUUAGAACAAAAGGAACAAGAUGUAAAAGAAGAAAGAGACAAAUUGGAGAUCACAAAGUGUGAGCUACAAAAGAAGACAGAACAUGCAGACAGUCAGUUUGAUAAGAUAAACAGAGAGAAAAGCAACAUUGAAGAGCUGGCCAUUCAAGUUCAGACAGAAAGAGAUCAAUUUGAGAACGUCAGGAAAACGAAUACCUUAAAACAAGAAGAACAAGAGCUCAAAGAAGACGAGUUGAAAAGACAAACACAAGAACUGGAAACCAGUAAGAACAGUGUAUUGGCAGAAAGAGAAGAACUGGAUGUUUUGAGGAAGGAACUCAACAAAGAGAAAGAAGAUGUUGAAGCUGCCAUGAACACCAUCAGUGGAGAGAGAGAACAACUAAAUCAGAUGAAGAGUAGUACUGACAUGGACAGACGGAUGCUUGACAAUGAAAAGGACAGAAUGGAAAGAGAAAGGUCUGAGCAAAAAAUAAGAGAAGAUCAACUCUUGAAUAAAAUGAAAUCAGUUGAAACUCUGAGGGAAAAACUUCAACAGCUGAAUGAGAGGAUGCAAGAAGACAUGAAAAAGAAAAUGGAAAGAUUACAAACGAACAAUGAAGAUGUAGUAAUGCUGUACACUGUGUUGGAACAAAAGCUCAAAGCUCUAGAUCUACAGAGAGAAAACAUGGCUCAUAUCACUGAGCUGUUGGAGGGAGAAAGGAAAAGUCUAAAAACUAUACUGUCAGACAUGGUCAUCCAGAGAGAAGACAUGGAAAAACAGUGGAAGCCGAAGUCUGAGUUGGACAAACAAGAUCUUAACAAAUUACAGGCAGAGCUGAAGCAAGACAGAGAGGAUCUGGAUAGAGAGAGCGAGACGAUGAACAAAGAGAAACUGGACUUGGAGCUGAUGCGGUCUGACAUCCUGAAACAAAGAGACAUGUUAGAACAAGAGAAACAAGAUGUAAAAGAAGAAAGAAACAACUUGGAAAUCACAAAGUGUGAGCUACAAAAGAAGACAGAACAUGCAGACAGUCAGUUUGAUGAGAUAAACAGAGAGAAAAGCAACAUUAAAGAUCUGACCCUUCAGCUUCAGACAGAAAGAGACAAACUAGAGAAAGUAAUGAAGAAAGAACUCAAGGAAGAUGAGUUCAAAAGACAAACACAAGAACUGGAAACCAGUAAGAACAGUGUACUGGCAGAAAGAGAAGAACUGGAUGUUUUGAGGAAGGAUCUCAACAAGAAGAAAGAAGAGGUUGAAGCUGCCAUGAACACCAUCAGUGGAGAGAGAGAACAACUCAAUCAGAUGAAGAGUAGUACUGACAUGGACAGAUGGAUGCUUGUCAAUGAAAAGGACAGAAUGGACGGAGAAAGGUCUGAGCUGAAAAUAAGAGAAGAUCAACUCUUGAAGGAUCUGGAUAGAGAGAGUGAGAUGAUGAACAAAGAGAAACUGGACUUGGAAAUGAUGAGGUCUGACAUCCUGAAACAAAGAGACAUGUUAGAAGAAGAGAAACAAUACAUAAAAGAGGAAAGAAACAACUUGGAAAUCACAAAGUGUGAGCUACAAAAGAAGACAGAACAUGCAGACAGUCAGUUUGAUGAGAUAAACAGAGAGAAAAGAAACAUUAAAGAUCUAACCCUUCAGCUUCAGACAGAAAGAGACAAUCUUGAGAACGUCAUGAAAACGAUUAUCUUAAAACAAGAUGAACAAGAAUUCAACAAAGACGAAUUCAAAAGACUAACACAAGAACUGGAAACCAGUAAGAACAGUGUACUGGCAGAAAGAGAAGAACUGGAUGUUUUCAGGAAGGAUCUCAACAAGAAAAGAGAAGAGGUUGAAGCUGCCAUGAACACCAUCAGUGGAGAGAGAGAACAACUCAAUCAGAUGAAGAGUAGUACUGACAUGGACAGACGGAUGCUUGAUAAUGAAAAGGACAGAAUGGACGGAGAAAGGUCUGAGCUGAAAAUAAGAGAAGAUCAACUCUUGAAUAAAAUGAAAUCAGUUGAAACUCUGAGGGAAAAACUUCAACAGCUGAAUGAAAGGAUGCAAGAAGAUAUGAAGAAGAAAAUGGAAAGAUUAGAACAAAACAAUGAAGAUGUAGUAAUGCUGUACGCUGUGUUGGAACAGAAGCUCACAGAUCUAGAUGUACAGAGAGAAAACAUGGCUUAUUGCACUGAGCUGUUGGAGGGAGAAAGGAAACUUCUAAAAACUACACUGUCAGAUAUGGUCAUCCAGAGAGAAAACAUGGAACAUCAAUUGAAGCAGAAGUUUGAGUUGGACAAACAAGAUCUUUACAAACUGAAGGCAGAGCUGAAGCAAGACAGAGAGGAUCUGGAUAGAGAAAGUGAGAUGAUGAACAAAGAUAAAUUGGACAUGGAAUCGAUGAAAUCAGACAUGAAAAAACAAAUAAACCUGCUAGAGCAACACAGACAAGAAAUGAAGGAGAGAAAAGAUAAGCUUCAAGUCACAAUGACUCAGAUAAACAGAGAGAAUAGCAACAUUAAAGAUCUGACCCUUCAGCUGCAAACAGAAAGAGACAAACUUGAGAACGUCAUGAAAACGAUUAUCUCAAAACAAGAAGAACAAGAACUGAAGGAAGACGAGUUCAAAAGACAAACACAACAACUGGAAACCAGUAAGAACAGUGUAUUGGCAGAAAGAGAAGAACUGGAUGUUUUGAGGAAGGAUCUCAACAAGAAGAAAGAAGAGGUUGAAGCUGCCAUGAACACCAUCAGUGGAGAGAGAGAACAACUCAAUCAGAUGAAGAGUAGUACUGACAUGGACAGACGGAUGCUUGACAAUGAAAAGGACAGAAUGGAAGGAGAAAGGUCUGAGCUGAAAAUAAGAGAAGAUCAACUCUUGAAUAAAAUGAAAUCAGUUGAAACUCUGAGGGAAAAACUUCAACAGCUGAAUGAAAGGAUGAGUGAAGACAUGAAAAAGAAAAUGGAAAAAUUACAAACGAACAAUGAAGAUGUAGUAAUGCUGUACGCUGUGUUGGAACAAAAGCUCACAGCUCUAGAUGUACAGAGAGAAAACAUUGCUCAUAUCACUGAGCUGUUGGAGGGAGAAAGGAAAAGUCUAAAAACUAUGCUGUCAGACAUGGUCAUCCAGAGAGAAGACAUGGAACAUCAAUUGAAGCAGAAGUUUGAGUUGGACAAACAAGAUCUUAACAAACUGAAGGCAGAGCUGAAGCAAGACAGAAAUGAUCUGGAUAGAGAGAGUGAGAUGAUGAACAAAGAGAAACUGGACUUGGAGCUGAUGAGGUCUGACAUCCUGAAACAAAGAGACAUGUUGGAACAAGAGAAACAAGAUGUAAAAGAGGAAAGAGGCAAAUUGGAAAUCACAAAGCGUGAGCUACAAAAGAAGACAGAACAUGCAGACAGUCAGUUUGAUGAGAUAAACAGAGAGAAAGAACAACCGCAUCAAAUGAAGACAACUAUUAGUGAGAGAGAAAUGUUAAAUGAAAUGAAAAGGAUGGAAGGAGAACUGUCUGAGAUGAAAAUAAGAGAGGACCGGCUCACCAGGUUAAUGAAAUCCAUGGGAAAUCUGAGAUCAAAACUCAACCAGCUGAAUCAAAGGAGACAUGAAAUCUUUACAAACAAUAUGGACAGAUUAGGGCAGAAAUAUGAAGACAUCCUUCAACUGAACUCAAUACUGCAACACAAGGGUGAUGAACUCGAGAAACAGAAAAAUAAAAUCACUGGUUAUUAUGACCUGAUAGAAAAAGUGGAGAAACACAUGGUGACAUUGAAGUUUGACAAGGCCGUACAAACCGAGGUUGUAAAAGUAUGGCCACUGGAGCAAGAUGCCGAGGAACAGUAUUUGAAUAAACUUAAAGAGUUUGAACGUGAGAAGGUUGUUCUGGUGUCAGAUGUAGCGAUCCAGACUGACGAAGUUCAGGGGAAGUCAGAGGGAGAUGAACAUGAUCUUGAAAGAAAAGGUAAAUACUUGAAAACUGAGAGGGAAGGUCUGCUGACGCUAACGGAGGAUGAAGAAGUGAAAAAUGAACAGAAACAGAAGCUUGCAGCACUGUCCGAGUCGGCUUCAGAGCAAGAUGAUUCUACACACGAGGAAAUGUCAAAAAGAGAUUGUCUGCGAAAGAUCUGGAAAGACACUAAAAUGGAACGGAAGGAGAUUGAUCAGAUGAAGCGCAAGAGCCAUGAGAAGAGAAAUAACCUGGAGAAAAGACUAAAGGUGAUCAAUCAGUUUGUUAAGAGAACAUGGUUACAGAAAGAAAAGGAACCAUUGGAGAAGAAGCUGAAACAAGGAGUCAGUAAGGAUAUGACAUUCCAAAAUGACAGCGAGAGAGACCACAUAACGCUCGAUGAAAAAUACACAGAGCUCCAACAACUUAAGGUUCAGAUGCUCAGCGAGAUUGACAAACUCUGUGUCAAAGAAAAAGUGUCUAGGACAGUGAUAACUAGUGACAAAGCUAAUCAAACACCGCAGGUCGAUAUGACCACAGGUGAUCAAGAGCAGGAGAAGGAAGAAGAAACCGAAGCAGCUCCAGAGACAUCCAGUGGACUCCUCGGUCAGCUCCGGCAUUACUGCCGUCGAUGCUGCUGCCAACCCUGUGCCUGCUGCAAGCAAGUCUGCAAUCUGUCAUGAUGAAUUUGAAUGUAGUGAGAGUAUUUUUAGUUUUCUUAAACAAGUAUUUGGCUUAAUCCCUUGCAAUACACAGAUAACAACUUAACAUUUGAAACAGGUUAAUAAAAUCUGUGAGGCUUUUGUGUCUUGAUAAAUGCUUUACCUUUAGUGGCACCACUAUCACAACAUGUUGGUUUGCGUAUGUAAAAAUCAUUUAUUUGUUGGUUAGCAAAAUAAGAUUUAAUAGUGUACUUUUUAAGAGUGAGUGCUUAAUUUUCAUUUUUGCCGUUUGUGAAACCUCAGUCCGUAUUGCAAUAUCAAACAAAUGUAUUAAACUUGAGAACCAAUGACCACAACAUCUUAAAUGUUGAAGAACUGAUCUUGCCAAGUUGACACCAUUUUUGUUGUUGCUGCUGCUGGUUUGUUUUUUCUUGCUCGUCUUUUAAAGUAUUAAUAUGUUUACCAUGUUAUGUUACAAUUUCAUUAUGUUACAAAAACUUAAACUAUAACUAAAUAAAGCAUUCAUAAAUCAAAUGUUAAAAAUGUAUACAAAUUGAGCCAUGUAAUAAGGAGGCAUAUAUGAGUUCCACCUGGGAAAGCUCUGUGGAAAGACAGCUGUGUGAACUUUAAUGCUUAAAUGUAAUUCAAUCAGACCCCAUAUCAAUUGAACAAUAAUUUAUUACAUCAUGCAUGAUAAGAAGAAUAGUACGAAGUCUUUAGCGAUUAGAGUCCAUCGUGACGUAGUAUAUAAAAGGGGGUGGUGAUGCAUGUGAUGAGAUUAGGUAUAUUCCGCCCCUGGAGUCUAGACACUGGUGGUGGUGGUGGUGGUGAAGGGAGUACUGAAGAAAAAUCUGAUUGCAACGAUAUGAUUGGCUCAGAGCGAGCGUGGCAGAAUCUGUUUGGUUAUCUAAGAAUGAACCACCCAGUCAGCUGAUAGAGUAGGAGCCAGUAGAGAUAAGAGACAGAAAGGUUGUGAAUGAAAGCGUGUUAAGAGGGUCUUCCUGUCUGAACUUUCGCUUUAAGCUUCAUACACACAAAUGCAUGCAUUAAGUCAUUUUUUUUUUUUUAACAAACCUUUCUUUGUCAAAUAAAAUGAUCCACAUCAUUACGACA